GUUUCCGUCAGUCCUCGCUCUGAUUGGCUGCUCUGGUUCCGCUCAAGCAGGAGAUGGGGCGUGAACCCCUUUACUGCCAAUCAGCGGUGGCCGCUACCCAAAUCUCAGCUCCGGUACGCUGUUCAGGCAGUGAACCCGCCUGGUGAGCGUGGCGGAAGAACUCCGGGCUCGGAGUCAAUCCCUUAGAGGCAGAGAGAGAAAUAGGCAAGAUUUUUCUGAGAGCGGGCCCUAAGCCCGCGCUGCUUGGAGGUGACGACAUUCGUCCGCGCCUGAAGUCGAGCGUUUUUAGCGCCAGGUGGCGGGCGCCUGCGCAGUGGCUCCGAGCGGGCGGUUGCUUGUUGGUUGUUGUAGUAACGGGGGAAGCACCCGUCCGCGGCCGCGGCGUGAGCUCGGCUGGGGAAGGAGGAGGGAGGUAGGCGCUGAACGCGGUCCCCGCCUGCCCGCCCCGAGCCAUGGGAAGAUGAGACAGGAAUCUGUGCCACCCAAAUUGUUUGAUCCAGUGAAUCCGCAAGGAAAGGUCUCUGAGGCUCCCCCAUCUGCUGACUGCAUGACAAACCCUAAAGGAAAUGCCAGUCGUGAUGGCCCGGGACCUGGAGGAAAUAGCAUCAUCCUCAGAGGAUGAGGAGGUGGUAAGCCAAGAGGAUCAUCCGUGCAUCAUGUGGACUGGAGGCUGCCGGAGAAUUCCAGUUCUGGUGUUCCAUGCUGAGGCAAUUCUGACCAAGGACAGCAAUAUUCGAAUAAUCGGAGAGCGUUAUCAUUUGUCUUACAAGAUUGUGCGAACAGACAGUCGCCUGGUACGCAGCAUUCUGACAGCCCAUGGAUUUCAUGAAGUUCACCCAAGCAGCACUGACUAUAACCUAAUGUGGACAGGAUCCCACCUGAAGCCCUUCUUGCUUCGCACCCUUUCUGAAGCACAAAAGGUUAAUCACUUUCCCAGGUCAUAUGAACUUACCCGGAAGGACCGACUGUAUAAAAACAUCAUUCGAAUGCAGCACACGCAUGGAUUCAAGGCCUUUCACAUCCUCCCUCAGACCUUCCUGUUGCCAACUGAGUACGCGGAAUUCUGUAAUUCAUAUUCAAAGGAUCGGGGACCUUGGAUAGUAAAACCAGUGGCCUCUUCUAGGGGGCGGGGUGUCUACCUGAUCAACAAUCCAAACCAGAUUUCCCUGGAAGAGAACAUCCUGGUGUCCCGUUACAUUAACAACCCCUUGCUCAUAGAUGAUUUCAAGUUUGAUGUGCGCCUCUAUGUGCUUGUGACUUCCUACGAUCCUCUUGUCAUCUAUCUCUAUGAAGAAGGAUUGGCUAGGUUUGCAACUGUGAGAUAUGACCAAGGAGCCAAGAACAUUCGGAACCAGUUCAUGCACCUGACAAACUACAGUGUGAAUAAGAAGAGUGGGGACUAUGUCAGUUGUGAUGAUCCAGAAGUGGAGGAUUAUGGGAACAAAUGGAGCAUGAGUGCUAUGCUUAGGUAUCUGAAACAAGAAGGCAGAGAUACAACUGCGCUGAUGUACCAUGUAGAAGACCUGAUCAUUAAAACUAUCAUCUCUGCUGAACUAGCUAUUGCUACAGCCUGUAAGACCUUUGUCCCUCAUCGCAGCAGUUGCUUUGAACUCUAUGGCUUUGACGUGCUCAUAGAUUCUACUCUGAAGCCAUGGUUGUUGGAAGUGAAUCUCUCUCCUUCUUUGGCCUGUGAUGCACCUCUGGACCUCAAGAUUAAAGCCAGUAUGAUUUCCGACAUGUUCACUGUUGUAGGAUUUGUGUGCCAAGAUCCUGCCCAGCGGGCAUCAACCCGGCCAAUUUAUCCCACCUUUGAGUCUUGCAAGCGAAACCCUUUCCAGAAACCUCAGCGUCCAGUAUCUGCACAGUUUCAGUCAUCAAAUCCCAAACAGCGUUCCCGUCCACUCUCUGCCAGUGACGCGGAGAUGAAAAACCUUGUGGGCUCAGUGCGGGAGAAGGUGCCGGGGAAGUUAGGUGGCUCUGUGCUUGGUCUGUCGAUGGAGGAGAUAAAAGUUUUACGGAGAGUGAAGGAAGAGAAUGAUCGGAGAGGUGGAUUUAUUCGCAUAUUCCCUACCUCAGAGACAUGGGAAAUAUAUGGGUCCUACCUUGAACACAAGACCUCCAUGAAUUAUAUGUUGGCAACACGUCUCUUCCAGGAUAGGGGAAACCCAAGAAGAAGCUUGUUGACAGGAAGAACACGAAUAACUACUGAUGGAGCACCAGAAUUGAAGGUAGAGAGUGUGAAUUCAAAAGCCAAGCUGCAUGCUGCUCUUUAUGAGAGGAAGCUCCUGUCUUUGGAGGUGCGAAAGCGUAGACGACGGAAUGGCAGAUUGAGGGCAGUGAGGCCAAAAUACCCAGUGAUUACCCAACCAGCCGAAAUGAGUGUUAAAGCUGAGACAGAGAGUGAAGAGGAGGAGGAAGUUGCAUUAGACAAUGAAGAUGAAGAACAGGAAGCUUCCCAGGAGGAGUUUGCAGGGCCCCUUGGAGAAAAUCAAGCCAAAUACACACCCUCAUUGACUGCUAUGGUAGAAAAUCCACCCAAAGAAAAUGCCAUGAAAGUUUCUGAAUGGACUAAUAAAGGUGAACAGCACUGCAAAAUUGAGACUCAGGAACCAGAGCCUAAAUUUAGCCUGAUGCAGGUUCUGCAGGAUCAUGGAAACCUCAGCAAAGUGCAGGCUCGAAUAGCAUUCUCUGCCUAUCUCCAGCAUGUUCAAAUUCGCCUGAUGAAAGACAGUGGAGGUCAAACGUUCAGUGCCAGUUGGGCUGCCAAAGAAGAUGAGCAGAUGGAACUAGUGGUUCGCUUCCUCAAGCGAGCAUCCAGCAACCUUCAGCACUCGCUGAGGAUGGUGUUACCCAGUCGACGAUUGGCACUUCUGGAACGCAGACGAAUCCUGGCCCAUCAACUGGGUGACUUUAUCAUUGUGUACAACAAGGAAACAGAACAAAUGGCUGAAAAGAAAUCGAAGAAGAAACUUGAGGAAGAAGAGGAAGAUGGGGUGAACGCAGAAAACUUUCAGAAGUUCAUCAGACAUGCAAGUGAGGCUGAACUGGAGGAGGUAUUGACUUUUUAUACCCAAAAAAACAAGUCUGCAAGUGUCUUCCUGGGGACUCACUCAAAAAGUUCUAAAAACAGCAACAGUUAUUCUGAUAGCAGGGCAAAGGGUGAUCACCCUGAGACGAUGGAAGAAGUGAAGAUAAAGCAGCCCAAACAGCAACAGGCAACAGAAAUCCACUCUGAUAAAUUAUCUCGAUUUACCACUUCAGCAGAAAAAGAGGCUAAAUUAGUCUAUACCAAUUCUUCCUCUACUUCUCUUUCUGGUCCUGCUGCUACUCUUCUGCAGAAAAUUCCCAACACCCAUUUGUCAUCUAUAAUCACCCCCUCUGAGCUCUCACCAGGGCCUGGCCACCAUUCUUUACCUCAGUUUCCUCCAGCCAUCCCCAGCAUGCCUCACCAGCCAGCGGUUUUACUGAGCACAGUCCAUGACAGUGCUGCUCCCUCUUUACAUCCUGGGACCCAGAAUAUACCAAGCCCCGCUGGCCCGCCACGCUGUCGAUCAGGCAGUUACACCACUGGCCCCUUUUCCUCUUUCCAAAGUGCUGCGCACAUCUAUAGCCAGAAACUGUCUCGUCCCUCUUCAGCAAAGGCAGCAGGUUCAUGCCAUCCAAACAAGCAGCAUUCAGGAGUAGCCAAAACACAGAAGGAGGGAGAAGAUGGCCCUUCGUACAGCAGACGGUACAGCCAACAUAUGGUUUCGGCUGAACUUCAGCGGCUAGCUGAGAAGCAGGCAGCAAGGCAGUAUUCUCCAUCCACUCACAUCAGCCUCCUCACGCAGCAGGUAACAAACCUGAAUUUGGCAAGUGGCAUCAUAAACAGAAGCAGUGCUUCAACUCCCCCUACCCUUCGGCCUGUCAUCAGUCCUAGUGGCCCGACAUGGUCAAUACAGUCAGAUCCCCAAGCUCCUGAGAGCCUCUCCACCCCUCCUGGAAGCAGGGCAAGACGUCAUGGGCACGGACUGUGCGGCCUGGCCGGCCCCCGCUCUACAGAACAGCUGAGCCUCCAAACAGGUGCCUUUGCCUGGGAGGGAGAGGUGGAGAACAACGCGUACAGCAAGGCUACCGGGGUCAUCCCCCAGCACAAGUACCACCCCACGGCAGGCAGCUAUCAGCUCCAUUUUGCCCUGCAGCAGCUUGAACAACAGAAGCUUCAGUCCCGGCAGCUCCUGGACCAGAGUCGAGCCCGGCACCAGGCGAUAUUUGGCAGCCAGACACUACCUAACUCCAAUAACGGUGUAGCCUGCAGAAUUUCAAGUGCCACAGCUGGUGGCCAGAAGCCAACUACUCUGCCACAAAAAGUGGUGCCACCUCCAAGUUCUUCCUCCUCCCUGGUCCCCAAACCCCCAUCCAACCACAAACAAGUCCUCAGAAAGGCAACAUCCCAGAGGGCUUCCAAAGGGUCCUCCACCGAAGGGCAGCUGAACGGACUCCAGAGCGGCCUUAACCCUGCAGCAUUUGUGCCCAUCAUCAGCUCCUCAGAUCCAGCUCACACUAAGCCAUGAAGCACAGACCCGGGAGGAAGAACCCACUCACUACUCCCUCCACCCCGGGGUGCGUGACUGAGGGCGAAGCAUCCUCGGGCGAGCUGCAAGGGGUCCAGAGUAUUAUUUUUGCUGCUUCGGUCCCCAAAGCCUUGGAGCAGAAGUGGCGGUAGACUGUUGCCAAUCAUCCAAUCCAGACUUUUACUGAGAUGACAGGAAAACACAUCAGCUGGAUUUCGAUGGAACUUGGCAGUGGGGACAUUCAACUGAUGAUAUAUCCCCCGUCAGAGCACGCGUGUAUCUUUUACCCCCCUGUCUCUCCCCCAACCCGCUUAGGUCUUCUCUGUCCCUGCCCUGCUACCACACAGAGAUGAUAUAAAAGAGGCUCUUUGGCUA